ACACCGCAAAGGCGACAAGGAGAUCGGAACGAAGAUAGUGACAACUUAAGGCGGAAUUCUUCCAGUCAUGGCCAUCAGACGGUGACAAAACUAAACAGAACUGCGGCUCAGCGAUAUAUAAGCCAGUAUACUGUAUAUCCCAGAUAUGGCGAUAUAGCCUAGCUUGACGACAGUUACAGAUUUUCCAUCGUGUGAGUUCUGUGAGACAUGGAAUCCUGACAACAGAGGGUGUGACUGCGAACCCCGCCCCAGGAUGACUGGGGACAAGUACUAAACCUCCCUCCAGGCUGCCACCCACAUUUAACACAGGCUAAUUCUGUGGCCUAGUAAGGUGACAGUUACUUUUCUGGAAUAGUAUGCUUUAUAGUGGAAAGAAUGAAUGGAAUAAUUCGGAUCCUACAGCUACAGUUGCUGUUUGUAGUUUCCUGCUGUGGCGGGUUACCUGUGACCUCAGUAACAGAGACGACCAUUACCCUCGCUUGGUCUGCUGGGAACUAUGUGAACUUCACCAUCAACUACAGCGGAGAGGAUGGCCUUAACUACACCACAGUGGUGCCAGUGUCAGGGGAUAACGUCACAGCCACAAUUGAUGACAACCUGGAGGCGGGGCAGUUGUACACAAUUGACAUCCGUGGACACACCUCAUCUGGUGAUACCAGUAGUGUCGUCCCAGUCUUCUCACAGGCCACGAAACCGAACCCUCCAACCUAUGUGACUGUGACAUCUGCAGAGACACACUCCUUAAAAGUUGUGUGGUUAGAAGAAAACGACGCCGUGUCAUCUUAUGUAGUACGCUAUAAAGAUCUGACCAAUGACUCUGCCUUGAUGUUGGAGCGCAGUGUCAAUGACACUAGCUUGAAUUUGACGCAGCUACAGCCAGGUCACACCUACUCCAUAAGUAUUGCAGCGGUGUAUUAUGGUGUAGAGAGUAACCAGACCAUGCCUAUAACUAACAAUACAGUUCCCCUCCCCCCAGUGAAGGUAACUGUACGGGCCCUCAAUGAGAGUGCCCUGUAUGUUAUGUGGUACCCAGACUCGUCUAGCACACAGGUCAGUGACAGGCUAAUAAGAACGUGCUAG